AUGGCUUCUCUCGAGCCUCUUGCAACGGUAACUCGGUGGGUGGGAUUUGUCAGCGGAGUGUUGACGAUUAUUUUAUGGUGCUUCCAGCUAUCGUCAACUUCCCCCUCCAUCUCCAUUGGCAGUGACCCUCUGAAGGACGUUAACAAGAUCACAUGGAGAAUGCAACUUUUCUCAUUCGUUCCUACCGUCUUCAUUGACAUUUGGACUCCUUUUGUGAUGGGAGCUUGUACGCUUUUGGCGCACUUCCCCUCCUUCAACUUGAGCUUCAUUAACGUCAACUUUGCGCACUACUUCAUAUGGUCCUUCUUGAUGGCGUUGUUCGGUAACAUGGGCUACGCUGGAGUUGUGGGAGUUGUCGUAGCUUCCGUUACUCUGCUGUCCUCUCUCCUCAGUUUAAUUUGCGCGUUCCUCUACGAUGGCACUGCUAGUUUGAAUUUGGGACGCUAA